AUGAAUACAUUUGGAUUUACUGGUGCUGUGAGGUCAGCUUUAGUGGCGCCUAGUCUUUCAUUACUCCUUGCCUGCAUGGAAGAUGUCCUGUGUGCCCCUGUGUGUGGGGUGGCCGUCCCGGCCCCAGUGGCUGACAGCGCCAACGAGCCCUGCGUGCGGCAGUGCCCCGACUCCACCGUGGUGAUCCAGCCCCCGGCCACGGUGCUCACCUUGCCCGGGCCCAUCCUCAGCUCCUUCCCACAGCACGCCAUAGUCGGCUCGGCGGGAGUCCCGGGUGUGGCAGGGGGCUUUGGUGGCACUUUUGGAGGCCGUGGUGGCUUUGGGGGCUAUGGAGGCCUUGGGGGUUAUGGCGGCCUUUUGGGCUAUGGAGGCCUUGGUGGUUAUGGAGGCCUUUGGGGCUAUGGAGGCCUUGGAGGCUAUGGGGGCUAUGGAGCAUUUGGGAGCUGCGGAUAUGGCAGCUGGCGUCGGGGCCUCAGGUACCUCAGUGGCAACUGCGGGCCGUGCUAAGCCCACCUCUGCCUCCAGCCCCUGAUGAAGGAGUGCUCCAGAGCUGCCCUGGUAUGUCCCGACAUGACACCAGCAGGAAGGGCUCCCAUUCAUCUUCACUGGCCUCCAGAGCUUGGAGGCCUCGUGCCUGCAUGGGGCGCAGCUCUGACUUUUACCUGCCCCGCUUGAGAUUCUCUUCAGGACUUGCUGCCCCGUGAUACGCAGCCUAGCGCCUUCCUCCUGUUCCUGCGGUGUGAUUGCUGGACACCUCCUCUCUGCCUUUUGCAAGGAGUUGGUGGAUGCCCCUGUCCAGGGCCUCCCUUUUUGCCAUCUUCCUGCUCCCCUGGACUUGCAAUAAAAGCUCUGUUGCACCACA